AUGUUUUUCAUUUAUUUCCUUCUAGUCUCCUAUGUUCAAAGUUAUAAUAUUUUGAUUUCGAAUCCAGUCAUUGGAUACAGUCAUAUGAAAUUCAUGGGAAAAUUGGCUGAUUUGUUAGCUAGUCAAGGUCAUACAAUUGUUAGUUGGUUUAUCUUUUGCGCUACAAUUUUAAUGUGAUCAAUUUUCAGACUGUAUUGGAGUGUGAGAUAUUUCCGACAGCUAAUAUUGAAUCAUUAAUAAAAAAUAAAAGUAUUGAAAGAAUAUUCUAUCCAAAAGAUGUCAUCGAAGUAUCUGAAUCACCGAAAGAAGAUCCAUUUUUAAGAUUAUGGGAUGAUCCAAUGUUUACAGACCCAUUAUUCGGAAGUUUAGUUAUGCCUUCAAUAUUCUCUGAACUUGCUUAUCCGCCAGUCAAGAGUAAGGUUAUAAAUUUUCAGCUAAUUUAUAAUCUCAACAAAUUUCAGAACUGUUGAAUGAUAAGGAUCUUCUCAAUAACCUUAGAAACAGAAAAUUCGAUGCAAUAAUCGCGGAAACUUUUGAAAUCAGUGGUUUUUAUGUUGCACAUCUUCUCGGAAUAAAAUCAAUAAUAUCAGUUAUGACAUCUGUCAGAUAUCCAGCAGUACAAUAUUUAUUCGGCCAACCAAAUAUUCUUGGUUAUGUUCCUGGUGCAUUUUCCAAAUAUGGCAAAAAUGCCCGAUUUUUUGAUCGAUUGAACGAUUGGUAUUUCGAAUUUUUCGAGACCAGAAAAUAUUUUCAAUUAUGCGAAAAACAAUAUGAAUUGAUAAAUGAAGAUGGAAAAUUGCCACACUGGACGAAACUUGUAACAAAAUCUACGUUCUACAUUGUCAAUUCGAAUCCUUAUUUGGACUUUGCUCUUCCAAGUACUCCAAAUAUAGUAUAUGUUGGUGGAAUGACAAUAAAUAAAAAUAAAACAAUUGGAUCACUUCCAGAAGAAUAUUCAAAAAUAUUGAAUGAACGGGAAGCUACUGUAAUUGUUUCUUUUGGAACUGUUGUGAAAAGUUUCGAAAUGCCAUCAAAUUUCAAGAAAGGAUUAUUGAAAACAUUCAAAUCUUUACCAAAUAUUACAUUUAUUUGGAAAUAUGAAAAAGAUGAUGAUAUCAGAAAAGACCUUCCGAAUAAUGUAUAUUUGAAAAAAUGGAUACCUCAACCUGAAUUAUUAGCAGAUAAAAGAGUUAAAUUAUUUGUAACUCAUGGAGGAUUGGGAAGUACUUUUGAAGUUGCCUAUUCUGGAAUACCAACAAUUGUAAUACCACUUUUUAAUGAUCAAUUCAAUAAUGCAAUGAUGUUGGAAAGACAUGGAGGAGCAACUACUUUUGAUAAAUAUGAUUUAAAGCCGAAAAACUUAUUCCGAUUGUAAGAAAAAUGGUUGAAAAUGAGAGGUGAGAAAUCAUCCAAAUUUUCCUCGAUCUUUAUAUUUUUUAGGUAUUCCAUAAAAGCGCAAGAACUUGCAAAUGUGUUACUGAAUCAACCUUAUGAUCCCAAAGAAACACUUCUAAAACACAUUGAUUUCGCCAUAAAAUUCCCAACUUUCGAUAAAUUAACUCCCGAAGUUGGAUCUUCUAAUUUUAUUGGUUUUUAUUAUUUGGAUGUUUUUGGUUUUCUUCUUGUUGUAGGUUGUUUUAUUUCAUAUUUAGUAUUUCUGAUAACUUGCAAAGUAUUGAAACUAUUUGUUAUCAUCCGAAAAAAGAAAAUUGAAUGAUUUAUAAUUUUUAAUAAAGUUUGAGAAAUUUGAGAACAACUGGAGUUUUGGAAUACUCGAAAACAAUUUUCUGAUUUCAUGAAACUAUAAUGAUUUUAAUAGAAUUCCGUAUAGAAAUUCAACCUCUAAAAAACUGAGACUCAAAAAACGACCAAAAGUUCAAGCACUUCCGUGUUGUUCAUCAAUUAUCCGAUUUCUCUGAAUCUUCUAAAAGUGCGUGUUAUCUUUAAAUCGAAAAAGAUUCUGUAAGAUCACUUUUAAUCUGAUUCUGACCUGCGAUAGAUUCUCAAGGACGGGAAAUGUUUCGUUUUCUUUCAUCCAGAAUUUUCUCGGAUAACAUUUAUGUUGCAUUUUGGAAAAAUAAUUAAAUCGAACGAUAUUUUCGAAUUAAUAAUUCCAGUGAACUCAACUAUUUUAUCUUUGAGUUCAAAUCAAUCUUGAUUAAAUUAUAGCCUCUCGUUCUAAGUGCUAGCUUACUUUGUACUUUUUCUUUUUGUUUUCUUUUCUUCAGAUAAUAUCAAAGUUGUACCCAGUUUUUUCUGCAAAUUUAUCUCUCCAAAUUUUAGCGUAGACAAAAUAUGAAGAAAAAACUACCACAUUUCACAAUGGAUAAACAUUCAUUCUCUAUCUGAUUCAAAAGAACAUCACCAAUUUUCUCCAAGGAUAAAUCGAGUGACGUAGUUGCCGGCCAGCUUCGAACGUCAUUCAUGUUCUAUCUCGCCGUGGCGAUUUUGCGCAAGUAAAACAAGACCAAUUCACUUUCCUUCUUUACGCGUCCCAUAAUUUUUUCAUGAUGAAUAUCUUUAUGUUAGGUACAUUUAUUGUUUCUUGCGUUCAUUUUAUGAAAAAAAUUAACCACUUGGUAUAGUUUGUUGUUAAUGAGACUAACAAUCAUUGCGAAUCUUAUCAAUGCACUUCCAAAUGUUUUCCGGGUAAACCAAAAUGAAAACGACAAAGUCUCAGAAAUCAGUGAUGUUUGAACUUUUUAUCCAAAAUCAAAAACCAAACACAAUAAUUGUAUUUUUUGGACUUUUCAGACUGAUUUCAUAAAAAAAUUAGUGACCAAAUUUCAUUUCGAAAGCCGUGUAAAAAUACGAAACGUUUUUUUUAAUCCCAACAAUUUUUGAACAACUAUUCAACCCACAUCAUUUUCUUUAUCAACCUUUGUUCUUUUUUUCUCCGAUCAAAUCUUGUUUUGUUUUUUUUUCCAAUUUUUGCAUAUAAAUUUGAAAACAUGGCUAUGAGAUCAGAAAUCUUUGUUAUUUUCUUCAAAAUUACUUGUAAAUGGUGUAGACAAUGUUAUCUCAUUUCAAUGUGUGUAAAAUUGAUCUUGACCAGAGAUUAACAGUAGCGUGACUGUUCAUUUAAAAUUAUUGAUUGACUUCGUAUCUAUCAAAAACUUCGCCGCUCCAAAAAAAAACACAGAGAUUUAAAAGGACACAAAAAACCUCUGUUGAUUUUUUGACCGCCUUCGAGAAAAUCUUUGUUUUUGAAUACUAAUGAAAAGAAAAAACAAAAAGUUGAAUAAAAAUAAAUAUCAACUAGGUGUAACAUCAAAGACAGUCAUAUUUACUGUAUUUGCCAACAUUGAUCGAGAAUAUUUCUCUGCGUCUCUCCGUCUCUUUUCGCUCUUUUGUCUCGUUUUAACGGUUGCUAUGUAAAAAUGAAUGUCAAUAAUAUAUAUGUCUAUCUAUUCUAUAUGUAUAUAUAUAUUAUUUUUUUUUGAAAAACAUUUUUACCACAUACGUACAUGUUUUCGCCACUUUCAAUUACUUGAUAACAGUUUUCGUAAUUUUUUCUUCUUCUGUAUGUAUCAACCCGAAUUUUGACUUAUCAAGUGAUUAGUUGAUUUACGUCAUGAAAAUAAUUUUUGUUCGCAGUUAUCUUUUCGAAUCAUUUCGUCUUCUGAUCUAAAUUAUUUAUAUAUUUUCCCACAUUCAUUGUAUUUCGAAUUGGCUUUUGCUCCUUUCCAAUUUUCUUUUUCGAAAAUUUAAUCCCUUCAAAGUUUUUUCUCAAUUUUGCAGAUAGGUAUUGAUUUUCCGAUGUUCAAACAAUCCCUAUCUACAUCAUAUGAUAGUGAAGUAAACGAUGAGGUUUGUGAAUUUUGACCAUUGAAACCAACUAAAAAAACAUCUGUUCAAACAGAUUGUUUUAAAAUGAAUCAUCAAGUUUUGUUCAGCUUCCAUCAAUAACUUCGCCUAACUCAUCUACUUCAAAACCUGGACCUUCAACAACUCAUCGACAUCAAAGACCAACUCAAUGCUUGGUUUGCGGUAAACCAGCUAAUGGCUUUCACUAUGAAGUUGAAUCUUGUAAUGGUUGUAAAACAUUUUUUCGACGAGUAAUUAUGUCGGAAAAACAAUUCAAGUGUAAAUUGGAAGGCGAUUGUUUUGAUCUAAUGAAAAGAGGUUUGUGAAAACAAAAUAGAAUGAAAAGAAACAACCUUCAUCUUCUCGUGUAAAUUAAGAUAAUUAAUUGUAUUCAAAAUUUCGUGACAAUUUAGGUUCAAUUGUUUAUAUUUUGAUUGACCAAAAUGAUCUUUUGAUACAAAAUAAGUACAAAGCAAUAAAUUGUUCCCCUCUUGCUGUGAUGUUACAAAUCACACGAUGUGAUCUUACAAAAUAUAAAAUUUAUAAUAAAAUAUAAUUCAUACUUUCUAUUUGAUAUUUGUUCGAUAAUGAGACCUUAUCAAUUUGCACCUUAUAUGCAAAAAAACUGAAAAAGAUAGAAACUACAAUUUUUUUUCGUUCAGAAAAUCCCGUGAAAUGCCGUGCUUGUCGCUACGAGAAAUGUAUUAGUGUUGGAAUGAAUCCACUUGCUAUGCAAGUCGAUGAAGAAGAGGCUAAAAGUGGGAAAUUUGUGAAAUUGACUAAGAAACGAGAGAAUGCGAUUAAAGAAGAAGUGAUCGAUUUGGAAUAUGAAACAACUUCAGAUUGUUUGCGAGUUAUGACAACACAGAGAAAUAUAAAUGAACAAAUUAUUGAUUCGUUGGUUUAUCUCGAAAUGAAAGUGGAAGAAUUUCGAUAUUCAGCUUAUAAUCCAGAAUCGACAAAAAUUCCGUGUUUGAAAAAUCUGCUAACAUCAAAAACGCUGAUAAGUCUAGCUAAUAAAAUGGGACCAAUGAAAUGGUCGACUGAACCAAUUCCAAAACCUCCUCCACCACCGCCACCAAAUAAAGAAGGUGGACUUAGACCAAGACCUCCUUUCGAUCCGACCAGAAAACAAUGGUUUCCUUUUGAUUUGUUAGCAAUGGUGGAGUAUUCCAAAACAUUUAUGUAUCUCAAUCAAUUAGAUUUGGAAGAUCGUAUACGACUUGUGCAACAUGGUACUUUGGCGUGUAUGAAUUUGCACAUCUCAUUUCAUUCGGUAUCUCGAAAAUAUGACGAGUUAAUAUUUCCCGAUGGUGAUGCUGCUUUUAUGAAAAUGUAAGAGUAUUGAUAUGUUUGAAAUCUUAUAUUUUAUUUCAGAGGCAGUGUAUACGGCGAAGCGGUGAUGUCAAUGCAACCGCUUAUUCGUUAUAAUGUUGGUAAAACUGAAUACAUUUUAUUAAAAGCUAUUUUAUUAUGCAAUCCAGGUAUUUUUCAUCAUUUUUUUUCAGAUGAAAAUAGUUAGUUAUUUUCAGCUGUUAGCGAUUUAUCGGAACACGCUCAAAAAAUAAUAAUGAAACAAAGGAAAGAAUACGCAAAUGCUCUAUUUGAUUAUUGUUUAUCGCAACCGAAUUUGGGACCCAGUCAUUUUGUUUUGCUCAUUGGGAUUAUUGACACACUGGAACAUCAACAAAGACAUCAAAAAGAUCUACACGUCUUAUACACUUUGCCACAUGUGAAAAAACUGAAAAUAUCAGAACGAAUGUUACUAGUAGAUGAUAUUAUGGAAAAUUAA